GGCGCGGGCUCCCGCCUCAGUGUCCGGCACGCGGUGCGCACUCUCUGCGUUGGGAGUCGUAUCCUAGAGGGGGACGACAUGCCAACUGCCAAGCAACUAGCUGACAUUGGCUACAAGACUUUCUCCACCUCCAUGAUGCUCCUUACUGUGUAUGGGGGCUACCUCUGCAGUGUUCGAGCCUACCACUUUUUCCAGCGGCGCAGCUCCCGGCGCCAGGCUGCAGAAGAACAGAAGACCUCAGGAGUCCUGUAGAACUGGGGGGCUCUUUUCCUUGACCAGAGAGGCCUGAGGCAUGCUGUGGAAAGAGCUCACCUUCAAUCACCCAAAUCAAGAGAACCAGGGCCUUAAUGGUUUUCAAGUCCUGCUGGGGAUAAGUGCCCAUGUUUUCUCUGGAACUGCCAGUUUAAGGAGGCUGUCAAAUUGUAGCAGGAAUUGGGACAGAGGGAGGCACAUGCACUGGCAUUAAAUAUUUUGUCAUGUGAAAAAAAAAAAAAAAAAAAAA